UAGUACGAGGAAAACGCCUUUGGUCGGAGGAUUAAUUUCUUUCCUUAAUUUUCUCGAAACCAAAAAAAAGAUAAUGUUGGCGUGCAGCAAAAUCCGGCACAUUGUCAAGCUCCGCCAAAUGCUCCGGCGGUGGCGGAGGAAGGCGGCGGCGGCGGCAACUCGCAGCCGCAGUCGCGUGCCGUCCGACGUGCCGGCGGGGCACGUGGCGGUGACGGUGGGGACCACUCGCCGGAGAUUCGUGGUGCGCGCCACGUACCUGAACCACCCAAUCUUCUCGAAGCUUCUAUCGCUGGCGGAGGAAGAGUACGGCUUCGCCGCCGCCGCCGGCCCGUUGGCCAUUCCCUGCGACGAGGCGGUUUUCGAAGAAAUUAUCCGGUUCAUCUCCGCCCGGUCCGAUCCGGGCAAGAUCGCCGCGGCCCGGUUCGAGGAUUUUCAGAGACAUUGCCACGUCGGAAUCCGAAACGGCCUAGAAUUAUUCCCCGAGUCGCGGCCGCUCUUGCGCGGCGAAAACUCGACUUGGUGAGCUGCUGAAUCGCCCAAUGACUCGCCGUUGACUCGGCCAGUCGUCCCUGUUUGAUUCGGAGAGGCCUCAAAUCCUCAAACCAGAAAUGAUGAUUAAUGGGGUUUUGUACAUUCAACCAAAAUUGAAAUUGUAGACACACUGUAUUUCAAGCAAUAUUAUCCAUAUUACAUAUAUUAAGGUUAUUUGA